AUGACUGCAGAAAUUUGGAAUGUUAUUAUUGUUGGCGCUGGACUAUCUGGACUGAGUGCAGCUCAUUUGCUCAGAAAAAGGGAUCCCAAUUUGAGAAUACUAAUACUGGAAGGAAAAGAUCGGGUGGGAGGUCGCACAGUGUCCACUGAAAUACCAGCAGCCAAUGGUGUUGAUCGCUGGGACUUUGGAGGGCAGUGGGUAGGCAGCACCCAAGUGCACAUCUUGGAGCUCAUAAAGGAGCUGGGCUUGGAGACCUUCCCACAAUUCAAUACUGGAAAGAAGGUGCACCACAUGGGUGGGCCUGGUGCCAAAGUUCGCACCUACAGAACCAGUAUCCCUGCUCUGUCCCCAGUGGUGUUAAUGGACCUCACCCAUCUCUUGUGGAAGAUUGACAGAUUGUGCGCCACAGUAUGUGUCCAGGAUCCUUCGAGGACUCCCAAUGCUGUUGAAUUGGACAGCAUGACCCUGCACUCAUUCAUUGAGCGACAUGCUUGGACUACAGAACUAAAAGAGGAGAUUGGACUGUGUAGCCGGUCUGUCUUUGGCAUGGAGCCAUCCCAAAUGUCCUUCCUUUUCUUCCUCGUGUAUGCUGCAGCAGCUGGAGGGCUAUUGCCUCUGCUGGAGAGUACUCCUGGUACUGCUCAGGAGCUCAAGAUUAAGGGAGGCACCCAACAGCUUUCAGAGUGUCUGGCAGACCGUGUUGGGUGGAAGAAUGUCCGGCUGGGUUCUGCUGUGACCGCCAUAUGGCAGGAUGAUGAGUGGGCCAGGGUGAAGACCACAACCGACACUUUCUUGUGCAGAGCUGUGAUUGUCACCUGCCCCCCUCAUUUGGCAGCAAAGAUUCACUACCAGCCACCCCUGCCCAGCCAGAGAGCAUUCCUUACCCAGAACAUGCCUGUGGGCCACAUGAUAAAAUUCAUUAUAACCUACCAGACGGCUUUUUGGAGGGAGAAGGGGUUCUCUGGGGAAAUCGUGGCAGGAUCAUCCACUGACUGUCCAUUCUGUGUUACCUUUGAUGCCACCAGCCCCAGUGGUAAUGCUGCGUUGGUAGGCUUCAUUGCCGGUGAGCAGGCUUCUCAAUGGAGCUCCAAGGAGGCUGGAGAGAGAAGAAAAGCUGUGCUUUCCAGUUUGGUCAAAUACCUAGGUCCCGAGGCUGCAUCUUUCAUCUACUAUGAAGAAAAAGACUGGGCUCAGGAGGACUACAGCGGGGGCUGCCCAGUUAAUGUCAUGGCACCAGGUCUGCUAACAUAUUACCACCCUAGCCUGAGGAGGCCCUGUGGCAGGAUCCAUUGGGCAGGCACAGAGACAGCCACCCAAUGGUGUGGGUAUAUGAGUGGUGCAGUGCAAGCUGGUCACCGAGCAGCUGUGGAAGUGCUGGCUGAACUCUGCCCCAUGACCCUGACCCAGGAGGAGCAGGAAGCAGUGAGGCACAUUCAAACUGUCAAAGGUUCUGGGCGGCAAAACUCAUCAUCCAAACUCAUGUACCUGUCUACAAGCAAGGCUAUGGUCAUAGCUCUGACAAUUAGUGCUGCUCUCUUGCUGGCUCAGCGUCUAAAUGCACUGCACAAAGUCAAAACUUACUUGAUGGAUGUUCAAGAUCAGAAAAACGAGUUAGGAGGAGGAGAAAGCAUCAGAACAGCAGUUGGCGAUGAUGGUAUCGGAUAUGAUCUCAAUGAGAACCCUGCAGUCCCCCAGUCAGGAGCAGAUGGCUGA